AUGCAAUGCGCUCUGCGCCACUGUUCCACGAAGCUGCCGUCGUCGGGGCAGCUGCAACAGUGCCCAACCUCUUCGGCGAGUGUGUGCGAUAAUGAUGUGGUCACGUACGCGCCGUGGGAGGUGCGGGCGAUGGUGCUGCCGCUCUUACCCACCGAAGUAGUAUUCACAGAGCACCGCGCUGCCACGCGAAAAGGCACGAGGGAGCUCUGGAAUCGGCCAGCCGACGUGCAGCAGCAACUCCCUCGAACUCUGCGGCAGUUUCUCGAACGUGAAUACCGCUCGAAAGAUCGUCCACAUGGCAGUCAGCCUUCAGUGGGGACACCGCAGUAUGGGGAGCAGUCUGCGUUGACGCAGUACAUGCUUUGCCACUUCCCUGAGGAGGUCGUGCUGCUGCCCAGCGGGCACCUGGCCCUGCGCGUGGCGCAUGCCCCUGUCACACCUUGCGAAGCGUCGACUUCUGGAGUGGGGGCUGCGCCGACAAGCAUCAAUAUACCGCUUGCUCGCACGGAUGCCGCAUUGCCCAGCACUGGGAGCACUGCUACACCUCUCGACGGCUCUAAAGCAGCAGGAUCUUUUCCAGCGGCCCCGGCACAGCAAGCCUCCGCUUCCAAUACAGUGCCACCUCCGCCGCAGCAUUCGCUAGGCUCGAGCGUCUCAAAGCCUCAUGCGUUGCGGUGCACCGCCGCGACACACGCGGACAGAACUGCGCCACCGCCUCCACCUACGCCACAGGGCAAUAGCUGGCGCUACAGCAGCGGUGGUAAAGCAGCAACUGUGGCCGGUGGUGGGCUGGUGGCGCCACGAGCUCGCUUUAGUGGUGCAGGUGUUUCCAAUGCGUCCCCAGGUCCCGCGGAUGCAGCGCCGGCAGAGGCGAGCGAGCCCGAGGCCGGCACUCCUGUACCUCUGCGGUCGACGCUGCAGGUAAUGGAGGCUCUUGUGCCGUAUAUCCCCACCUUUUACGUCUCCAUCGAGGCCAUUGAGCCCACGUUACCGAGGGAGAUACAACGAUUGUACACCGAGACCACCUUUCGCUUUUACCUGAAGCGGUUCCGGCACUACAUUGACAUGCGCCCUUCGCACAACUCACUGGAGAUUCGGCUGAGGCCGGAUUUUGACCAUCCGCAGCGCGGGUAUGCCGACGCGCGCUUCGCGGUUGGCAGCUUUAGCGGCGUGUACGGUAUGCAGAGCGGUGCGCAGCCGCUGCGCCGUCCACCGCGGAACUCAGAGGCGAAUUUGAUUGGCCUGGUGGCGCCGCAGGUGCCAAAGGAGUACACCGCGCUGGCGGACGUCCUGCAGGACAUUGCUCCCAUCAUCUCACGUCACCCCGCCUUCGAUCCCCGACUCGGGGUGACUGGGCUGCUCGGCAAAUACCCGGAGUACUUUCAAAUAUCGCAAGGAAAGCUGCGUGCGCGUCCUUACCGCGUCGCGCCCAACUCGCUCGACGACCGGGACGCCUCGACGUCUCCGUUGCCAAGCAUCUUCGCCAGGGUGCUGGCGGUCGUGACCGAGGCAGCGGCGGGGAAGGACUACGGCGCCGCGGAGGAGAAGGCGUCGGCGGCUGUGUCGACCGGCCGCCUUUACAGCCUCCUCACGGAGGCGGAGAAGACGCAGGUGAAGACGCAGUGCCGCUCCUUUCCGACGUUUCUGCGCAUGCAUGGCAAGGAGAUCGUCGUAUCAACGGAUAAGAUGAAGGUGUACAGGUUCUUUCCGGAGUAUGAGGCGUGCGUGGACACUCUGAUGGAUGAGCGGCUGCGGAUGAACUCGCUACGGCCGGACGAUCCGGUACUGAAGAUCCCGACAGAGAUAGCGCCGGAAUUGAACGCGGACUGGGCCGUGCGGGAGCUGUAUGAUGCGCUGCCUCUCAUGCAGUGCGCAGAGCUGGAUGAGGUGCUGAGCUUGGUCCCAACGGCGGUCCGCGAUGCCCUGCCGCGCGAUUUGGCAGCCGUGCAGGCUGUGUUGGACAGCUACCCCGAGUACUUCGCAACCUGGCCCUACCCUGACGACCCCUCCGUUAUCGUGGUGCAGCGCGCGAAAGUGGAGCAGCCCAACUUGGAGAAGGCGGACAUAGUGCAGAUGGUGCUGCCACUGAUCCCGCAAGGUGGGACGACGCUGGCGUCGCUGCGCACCCGCGUGCCGCUGGUGCUGCAGCGGCACUUCUCCCGCCACGGCACGGUGGCGACGCUUAGCGCCAUGACGGAUGUCUUUGCCAUCUCUGGCGACCGCAUUGUGAGGCUAGUGUAG